AUGGAGGACUGGGCGCCGGUGUUUGUGUCGGUGGUGCUGUUCAUCCUGCUGACGCCGGGGCUGCUGUUCCAGCUGCCGGGGCACGAGCGGUGCGUGGAGUUUGGGAGCUUUCAGACCAGCGGUGCCGCCAUCAUCAUCCACUCCGUCAUCUUCUUCAGCCUCGUCGCCCUCUUCCUCAUCGCCCUCGAAAUCCACACCUACUUCGGUCGGUAG